AUGGCACCGCAACUGCCAACUCAUAUCCGGCCAGCAACCGAGGCAGAUGCAGAUGCCAUUGCAGCCGUACACUAUGCAGCUCUCAAGCAAUUUCACGACUUCUACGCAGCAUUCUUCGAGCGCCAUCCGCGAGAGAUUCUCCCACUUUCAACGCGACUCGCUUUGAAGAAUCCCAAGAAUCACUUCCUGCUCGCCGUCGUACCCGACACACAUGCCGUUGUAGGUUUCAUCAGAUACCACGUCGUCGAUGCGACAGAGCCGCCUGCUGCAACCACACUGGCGAAGCCGACGGAAAGUGCGGAUACCGAGCCCACCAUGCCAUCCAUUUUCUCAACCAAACCUCACAUGAAGGAGAUGUGGGAGCGCUUUGGCCAUCCGAGAGAGGAAGAGAUGGAUAAGUGUUACGAAAAGGCAGUGGAUGGACGGCGACAUAAUUAUGUGAAGAAUAUAAUGGUGGACCCUAAUCAUCAAAGGAAGGGUAUUGGAGCAAGUUUGCUCAAGGCGGUCAUCGACAUCAGUGACGCCGAGAAGAUUCCGACUUUCCUUGUUGCUUCGGCUGAAGGAUAUGGACUGUAUAAGAAAUUGGGGUUUGAGGAUCUUGGAACCUGGACCAUCGAUAACGACCACUGGUCCGAGGAAAUCGUUCGACAUGAGAACGAGCUUGGAAUCGUGGGCAACAAGGGCUUGGCGGAGACGUAUCGGGGAACACAUGAGCUCGAGAAGUACAUGAUGAGAUGGAUCAUUGAGAAGCAGUGA